CGCCGCCGCCGGGCCAGAUGUGUCGUUGGCCUGCUGCUGGUCCUUGAAGGGUUGACCCAAGUUUCAUCCUGCGAGAAUCACUGAGCAAGAUCUGCAGAGACUUCCUCCUAAGAGGCAGCAUGUCUGAAGCUGACUAUGAGAAAUUAGCUGAAAUAGAAUUGCAGAAAGAUGAAGCAGAAGACACACAGGCUGACCAGGAAAAGACAUUUAUUCCACCACCACCGGAGGAUACUGAGCUAAACAUUAAUCACCCCUACUAUGACGUUGCAAGACAUGGUAUCAUCCAGUUAGCAGGUGAUGACAACUCUGGACGGAAGGUGAUUACGUUCAGUUGCUGCCGUAUGCCACCCUCCCAUCAGCUCGAUCACACCCGAUUGCUGGAGUAUUUAAGGUAUACCCUGGACCAGUACGUAGAGAACGAUUAUACGGUUGUCUACUUCCACUAUGGCCUGAAGAGUCGGAAUAAACCAUCUCUGAAAUGGUUGCAAACGGCCUACAAAGAGUUUGACAGGAAGUAUAAGAAAAACCUUAAAGCACUGUAUGUUGUACAUCCAACCAACUUCAUAAAAAUUCUGUGGAAUAUUUUUAAACCUCUUAUAAGCCAUAAGUUUGGGAAAAAAGUCAUCUACCUGAACUAUUUAAGUGAACUGAGAGAGCAUCUCAAAUAUGACCAGCUUAGUAUCCCUCAGGAAGUCAUCCGACAUGAUGAAAAUCUUCGGGGGAAGCAGAAGGGAAAACUGCCACCUGUGGUGAAGAUUCCUCCCCCAAGACCACCUCUACCUAAUCAGCAAUUUGGGGUCAGCCUGCAAUAUAUCAAGGACAAAAAUAAAGGUGAGCUAAUCCCACCAGUACUGAAGCAAACUGUGUGCUACCUAAAAAUAAAAGGCCUACGUGUAGAGGGCCUCUUCAGAAGGUCAGCCAGCGUCCAAACUAUCAAAGAUGUUCAGAAGCUCUAUAACCAGGGCAAGCCUGUGAAUUUCGAUGACUAUGAUGAUAUCCAUAUUCCUGCUGUUAUCCUAAAGACUUUCCUUAGGGAACUCCCUGAGCCAUUACUAACCUUUGAGUGUUAUGAUCAUAUCCUUGGAAUCACCACACGGUUGUCUUUGAGUGUGGAAGGUGACACCUGCAUUGGAAAUGUGUGGAAAGUGCUCUGCUCAGCUAUGGAAUCUAGCAGGAAAUUUGGACAGGACAUACCAAGACAAACUCUGAUUUUCCUGUAAAGAAAGACAGUGAUUAUUUAAAGACCUUCGAAUCUACUAAUCAAUAAACUUCUAUCAUAAAGGCCUCGUCAGGCACUGAAAGUUU